UCAACUUCCGGGGCAGAGGUGUUGCAAGCCGGGUGGCGCGGGGCCGCCCCAGCUGUGGGGUCUGGGGCUGCAGCGUUCCCCUGGGUGGGCAGCCUGGGGUCUUCUCCCAACCUGUGUGCGGGGCGGCUCCGCAGGCGGCGGGGUGAGCAGCGGGGAGCAGGUGCUGCCUGAAGAAUGGAUGAUGAUGAUUUUGGCGGUUUUGAGGCUGCAGAGACUUUUGAUGGAGAAAAUGGUGAAACCCAAACAACAUCUCCUGCUAUUCCUUGGGCUGCCUUUCCUACAGUAUCCGGAGUACACCUUUCAGCUGCUUCUCCCGACAUCGUUCUGGAUCAUGAGCAUGCAACUCCCCCCAGCAGCUGCCUCUCUUCGGACGCACUCCUCUCUUCACCAGAGAACACACACUCAGACACCAGCAUCGAUAGUCAUCCUGUUCCUCAAGCACAGCAAUCAACACAUACCCAUCUGGACAUCUCCCUUUUCCCAUUGGCUCUAACCCAUGAGAUGAAUAAUGGAACACUUACUCUUGUGGAUGGGUCUGAUGAUCUUGGAACCAAUAUAUCAAACACAGAGCUUCAGGAAAAAAUUUCGAGUUUGGAGAUUAAACUCAAAGUGUCUGAAGAAGAAAAGCAGAGAAUUCAAAAGGAUGUGGAAUUGUUGAUGGAGAAGCAUAGUGUAUUAGAAAAAGACUUUCUAAAAGAAAAGGAACAAGAGGCCAUUUCUUUUCAAGAUAGAUACAAAGAACUUCAGGAAAAACAUAAACAAGAAUUAGAAGACAUGAGGAAAGCUGGUCAUGAAGCCCUUAGCAUUAUUGUGGAUGAAUAUAAGGGAUUACUGCAAUCUUCAGUGAAGCAACAGGUAGAAAGUAUUGAGAAACAGUACAUCUCUGCUAUUGAGAAGCAGGCACGCAGGUGCGAGGAGUUGCUAAAUGCUCAGCAUCAAAGGCUCCUUGAGAUGCUAGACACAGAGAAGGAACUGUUAAGGGAGAAAAUAAAAGAAGCUUUGAUCCAGCAAUCUCAGGAACAGAAGGAAAUAUUAGAAAAAUGUUUGGCGGAAGAAAGGCAAAAAAAUAAAGAAACAUUGGAAUCUGCUGCAAAGCUUGAGAAGGAUGCAGUGAAGGAUAUAGUCAUGAAAGCUGUAGAAGAAGAAAGAAAAAACUGGGAAAAAAUCCAUGCAGAAGAAAGAGAGUUAUGGAAGACAGAACAUGCAAGAGAUCAGGAGAAAGUGUCUCAAGCAAUUCAGACUGCACUUCAAGAGCAAAGGAAGAUAAGCCAGGAAACUGUUGAGGCAGCAAUAAGAGAAGAGCAGAAGCGAAGUGCGAAGGCUGUGGAGGAGGCAGUGCGGAGAACCAGGGAGGAGCUGAUCGAGUAUGUAAAGGAACAGAAGAGGCUUGAUCAAGUCAUUCGCCAGAGAAGCCUGUCUAGCCUGGAGCUCUUCCUGUCCUGUGCACAGAAACAGCUAAGCGCCCUGAUUGCCACCGAGCCCAGUGACAUUGAGUAGAGACACAGUUUGCUCACCCGCAUGGCGCUGACCUCUCAAAUACACACUGUGAGUGUAAAGAUGCUCUUGUUUUUUCUUCACUGCUCCCAGAAUUGCUUCCCAUCCAGGGACAUGCCUGAACCACAUUUACAGGAACUUAUCAAGGAACCUAGUUUGUUUUCCCUUCCAUCUCCUAUUAUUUUAUUAUUAGUAGUAACUGCAACAGAGUAUAGUAUGACCCUAAAAUAAAUGAAAAAGUGCCACGUUCUCAAAAGUCACAUCAGCUUUACAGUCCUGCAGACAUUACAGUGCUGCAGACUCACAAGGAGCUUGCAGCCCAUUUGCUCCAUACUUUGCAAAAGGAGUAAAGAUCUUGAUUGUUCCAUAAUGGUUUUUCAGAAAAUGCUACCAUGUAUCUACUUGAUUUUAAGGAUAGAAAUAACAUGGGUUUCAGCACCUAUUUAUCUGCAACUGGCAUAUAAAAUGCUGAUAUAACAGAUAAUAAUUCUAAUGUUACUCUCACCUCUUUUCUGCAAUUGCAUCUACAUGUAUAUUUGUUGUUCUGCUAAAAAUAUAUCAUGCAAAUAAAAACACUAGAGAUUAUAAUAUUCAGCUAUGAUCUGACAUACCAAUUGAACUCACCAACUGGGUAUAUGACAUAGGCCUAUUUCCCGUAGUUUUGCUUUGCAAAAUCUGUAUUAAUCAGUGACUGGUUUUGUUUUAAGUUGAACUGAAAACCUAUUCUCUGAGGAUAGAACUCACACAUUUAUAGGAAUGCAGGUUCAAAUAUAGGAUAUAUGAAAUCUUUCUUUUCAGAAUGUUAAUUCAUGAGCAUUGUGCUUCAAAACAAAAUCAUGAGUAUUUUUAACAUCAAAAUUGAAACGUCUAUGAAAUGUAUGAAUGUGCCUGUCUUCUUAUUUUCUGAAGUGCUUCUAAUUUCAAGGGCUUUGUACUUUUCCAGGAUUUCUCCGUGUAAUAAAAAGGAACUCUAAAAGCUU